AUGGAAUAUGCUUUCUUGGGAAGGUAUGUUUAUGUUAUGUUUGUUAACAAAAAUCCCAACUUUGGAAGACAUAUUGGUGAAAAAGAAGGUAUAUUAUUAGAAGUUGAAACAGGUGAUUUUUUAGGAAGCUCCCUCUCAAAAUUGCGGUUCUUCUCAGUGGUGGCGUUGAUAGCAGUGUCGCACUUCGCCUCCUCCACGCAACCGGACAUUCCUGCACCGCUUUCUACCUUAAAAUCUGAUGAAACCAAUGAGCUUUCAUUUCUUCAGCUAUCAAAGGAUAUGGUGAAGGAUCAAACAUACUUUCUUUCAUAUCUCUCACAAGCUCAACUUAAAAGACUAGUGCUUCCUCUUGGAUGUAUUCCAAAAGAUGAAGUCCGAAGGCUUGCCCGGAAAUUUGAUUUGCCUAACCAAGAAAGAAGGGAUUCACAGGGAAUAUGCUUUCUUGGGAAGAUUAGGUAUAGUGAAUUUGUUGAAAGACAUAUUGGUGAAAAAGAAGGUAUACUAUUAGAAGCUGAAACAUAUGAUUUUUUAGGAGUCCACAUGGGCUUCUUGUUUUACACAAUUGGUCAACGCCAAGGUUUGGGUCUUCCAGGAGGACCAUGGUAUGUUGUUGAGAAAGAUGUAAAAAAUAAUGUGGUUUUUGUAUCAAGAAAUUAUUAUUCGGUUGAUAAAAGAAGACGAUCAUUUCUUGUUGGAUCCUUUAGAUGGAUCAGCGGAUCUCCUCCUCACAACUUAAACCACUUAAGAUGCAAGGUUCGACAUGGCCCGCUUUUCUAUGAUUGCAGUUUGCAUAUAGAAGAAAAAGAUGGGGUAAUUUUGGAAUCAUGGGAUGAUGCUAAGGGGUUUCCUGUUUCUGUUUCUGUUUCUGACAAGGCUCGUCAUAUUGCAAAAACGGAAGAUAAAUCUAAGCUUGGAAAAGAGGCAAAGUUAGACAUGUUUGAGCUUCCUGCAAAGAUAAAGAUGCUGCCAGAUCCAUGGACACCUGAAUCUGGAUUAGUGACAACUGCACUCAAGUUAAAGAGGGAGCAAUUGAAGGCCAAAUUUAAGGAUGAUUUAUAA